AUGAGUGUUGCUACACGUCCUACGAUGGAUGUUCCUAAAGCUACAGAUUACCAGGUUCCAGAGCCUGAUAAAGAGGAGCAAUUGCUUGCUAAAUUUGUAUUUGGUGAUACAUCAGAUUUCCAAGCUAAUCUGAAAAAUUUCGAUCUGGAACUGCUAUUAAAUGAGCAAGAGGAUGAGCUCGAUCAAGAUUAUGAUGUGCAGUCAGAUGAUGAUGAAGAUGAUGCCGCAAAGGACGGCAUGAACCAGGUUCAGGAUGAUCAACUUUUCUUCGUAGAUGAGGGAACUGAAGAAGACAUCGAAAUGAGAGAUGCUUCAGCGUCAGAUGAACGCGAAGGAGAAGACGAGGAAGAUCAAGAUAGUGAUGCGUGGUUCGAUUCUGAUGACGAAGGUUUGAGGGUGCCAAUUAUAAUUUCUAGUAAAAGUAAGAAGCUUAGAACUUCCUAUACGGAAACAUCGAUUAGGGGCAAUGACUAUGUUAAUAGACUGAGAGCGCAAUUUGAAAAAAUAUAUCCAAGGCCCAAUUGGGUGGAUGAUGUGUCAGAUAAUGAAGGAAGGACUGGUAGCGAUGACGACAGCGAUGUUCAGGAUAUCGAUGAUUCUGAACAGGUCAUUAAUGGUGAUGUCCGUGCGUUGAGCAAAAUCCUGGAGACUACCUACAAUUACAAGGACACCUCAAGCACUAAGUUACUUCCGUCUCAAUCUUUGAAUAUAACUCGUUUGAAGGAUGCGAACGCAUCUCAUCCAUCGCGUUCGGCUAUACAAAGUUUGUCAUUUCAUCCUUAUAAACCGCUUCUUUUAACCGGUGGUUACGAUAGGACUUUGCGAAUCUACCAUAUAGAUACAAAGAGCAACCCGCUAGUAAGCAGCGUGUACCUGAAAGGUACACCGAUUCAAACUUGUAAAUUUUAUGUGCCUGUCUCGGAGCCGAGGACAAAAUCAAUCAGGGAUGAUCAACAGAGAAUUUAUUCUGGUGGUAGAAGACGUUAUAUGCACUCCUGGGACUUAUCCAGCUCCGUCAUAGAGUCCAGUUCAAAAAAUGGGUCAAUUGCCAAAAUUGAUAAGCUAUCAAGAAUGUAUGGCCACGAAGAAACUCAAAGAUCAUUCGAAAAGUUCAAAUUAGCACACUAUUACAAUUUCAAAACAAACCAAAUACAUGGUUUAAUCUUAUUACAAGGUAACAACGGUUGGAUAAAUAUUUUGAACGCAACAACGGGUAUUUGGAUGAUGGGUUGUAAAAUUAAUGGAACGCUUGUUGAUUUUUGCGUAGAUUAUAAACCUCUUUCUAAGAAUAAAUUCCAAACAAUUUUGAUUGUAGCAAAUACAUAUUCAGAAAUUUGGGAAUUUGAUUUAAAUGAUAACGCUAAGGUACUGCGUAAAUGGAAAGAUGAUGGUGGCGUUGCAGUGACUACCAUACAAGUCGGAGGUGGUACGAAUUCGGAACAGUUAUUUCCAGGUUCAAAACACAGCGUUAGAUCGAAUAAAUGGUUAGCCAUUGGGAGCGAAAGUGGUUACGUAAAUGUUUACGACAGGAAUGCAUCAUCAAACCCGCUUAAACCAAUAGCAUGCUUAGACCAAUUAACAACGACAAUCUCUACCCUACAGUUUUCACCAGAUGGCCAAAUUUUAUGUAUGGCAUCUAGAGCAAUGAAGGAUGCCCUCCGUUUAGUACAUUUGCCAACGGUUAAGGUUUUCUCAAAUUGGCCAACGAGUGGAACACCGUUGGGUAAAGUAACUUCUGCCACCUUUUCACCCCGUGGUGAACUGUUGGCUGUAGGUAAUGAACAAGGAAAAGUUAGACUAUGGAAACUCAACCAUUACUGA